AUGACAUUAUCAUUAUUUAUUAUUAUUCUAUAUCUUAUAAACAAUAAUUUUAAUCUUUUUUUCACAUUAAAUGAAUUUUGUAAUAAUAAAUUAUUAAUUAAUUCAAAAAAUAAUAUAUCUGAAGAAUAUAUACCACUUCAUUAUUUUAUAUUAAAAACAUUUAUUAUAAUAAAUUCAUGUAAUACAAAUAAAUCAAUUUUUAUUCGUAAUCAUACUUUUUAUAAAUAUGAUCACGAACAAUAUCAAUGGAAACGAUUAUGUAUAUCUCAAAAAAUAUUUAAUACACAAAUUCCAAUAGUAAAUUCAAUAGCUCAUUUAAAUAAUGAUUUAAUUUUAAUUAUCAAUGGAAUUUUAUUUCGUACAAAAAAUAUAAUAAGUUCAUCAAAUAAUAAUGAUAUAAUUUAUACAUUAUUACGUUAUUCUAAUAUACCAAUAUUAUUUGAUAAAAUUGAUUAUGUAUUUACAACACCUUGUUGUACAUGUUUUAAAACUUCUACUAUAAGUAAUAUAUUUAAUGAUUAUAUUAUUCUAGCUAAUAAAUUUGGAAAUGUAAUAUUAUUUUAUUUUAAAACAAUGACUGUCGUUUAUAAUUUUGAAAAUAUUUUUCAAUCUCAAACUAUUUGUCAAUUAAAUCAAUGUACAAUUUUAUAUCUUAAACUUUCACAUUCUAUACCAUUACUUAUAUGUAUUAUAAAAUAUCAAAAUGAAAAAGCAAUUAUUUAUCAUCAAACAUUCUUAGAAUUAAAUUCAAUUUUUCAAAAAUCUAUAUAUAUUAAUUUUACUGGUAAUAAUUUAUAUAUUACACCAACAACAUUUCAUAAUAGUUUUUUUAUUUGGGAUGAAAAAAAACUUUAUUAUACAAUAAAUGAAGGUCUUAUUUUAUCUGAUGUAACAAUAAAUGGUUGUCAAUAUAAUUAUUUAAAUUAUAUGAAUGAAGAUCAAUUGAAAAAUUAUUAUACAAAUCUUAAUAUUAAUUAUGAUAAUAUAACAUUAAUAACUAAAGAAAUCUAUUGUUUAAAUAUAACAAUUGAUUAUAUUUUUGUUUUGAAUAAUGAAUUUUUUAUUGUAACUAAAAAUAAUGAAUGGUUAUAUGGAAAAGAAUCAUUUCUUCCAUCUAUGAUAAAUCUUCAACAAUAUAAAGAAUGUAAUUUAAUUUUUCAAAAUAUACAAAAUUUCAUUAUACCUCCAAUUGAUUUAAAUAUAAGUCAAUGUUUAUUAAAUAUUAAUAAACAAUUACUAUCUUGUUCAAUGUUUGUUCAAUCUUCAUGUUCAUAUAUAUUUUUUAAACCAUUAUUUGAUAUUAAUAAAAUAUAUAUCUUAGAAAAAAAUAGUCAAAAAUAUUUUAAAUUUAUUCUUCAAGCUUAUACAAUUAUACCAAUAAUGAUUGUUAGUACAAAAUCAAUUCUUUUAAAUUAUUCGAUUAAUUAUACAAUUAAUCGUUUGAAUACAGGCAUUGUUCAAAUUAUAGGAGAUAUUCUAGUUUCAACAAUAAAUCAAACAAGCAAUGAUCUUUAUGAUUCAAGUUUGAUGACAAUUCGUCUGGAUCUAUUACAAUAUAGUUAUUCAUGUAGUCAACCAUCAUUUUUUUCAUUUCAAAUUGAAGCUUCAUGUUCUUCAGCAAGUAUAUUACGUAUUGAACAAAAUAUUGAAUUUGAAAUUUGGAAUGAAUCUAAUCCAAUAAUUGAUAUUGAAUGGAUUCGAAAAAAUUUACUAACAAAUUCUAUUCAUCAAUUCUCUUCUGUCUAUAUUAAACGUAAACAAAAUGAUCCAAUUUUACUUAAAUAUCAAUAUUGUUUUAAUCAAACGUGUCAAUCAAUUAAUGAUGAUCAACUUAAUUCUUUAAUUAUUUAUGCAAUACCUUUAAAUAAAGAACAUGAAAUCUAUGCUCAUUAUUUAAUUAAUCGAUCAGAUUCUUGUAUACCUAUCAGUCAAUCAAUUUAUCGUUUAUGGCUUAAAUGGACAUUGAAUACAACAGCUAAAAAUCAAUUUUUUCAAAUUCCAUAUGAACGACGAACAUUCUAUCGAACAUUAUUAAAUACUUUUGCAAUAUCAACUAAUUCAUGUUUAUUUUUUAAUGGAUCAUCAUCUAUACAUAUUAAUGAAAGUAUAAAUCAAGCAUCAGAUGAUUAUUUAAAAUUUAUUCUUCAUAUAAUUACUUAUAAUAAUAAAUAUAGAAAUAAAUAUCUUAAAUAUCAUCGUUUAAAUCAAAUUGAUGCUGGACAAUUUCAUCAAUGGUAUGAUAUCGCUCAAUAUUUAAAUGCAAAUAAAUAUACGAAUAAUUAUAAUUUAAUAUGUAAUUAUUUAAAAAAUCUUCAAUCAACAACAAAUUUAACAAAUCAUCUUAUGGAAUAUCAUACUUAA